ACUCUAUCGGAUACACAUUUAAUAACGCAUAAAAACCACUUAAUUAAUCUGCCGCGUUAAAAAUAAACACAGAAUUUCUUUUUCACACCAAAAAAGUGUAUACGUUUUUUAAUUGAUAUAAACUAUAUGUCGUCUGGAAAUAAUGAACCCUGCAGAUUGCGGUAGUUUAGAUGAGAAAGAAUGUUGUGCUAAUUAUUAUUGGAGCGACAAGGAGAACGAUUGUUUGCCAUGUGAACUUGGAUUCUUUGGUGUCAACUGCGAUCAACCUUGUCCUUACGGCCAAUAUGGAAAACUAUGUGGGAAACCGUGUAAAUGUGCAACUGACGAAUACUGUGAUAGAGUAUCGGGAUGUGUAACUAAUGGAACAACAGUACAAACCUCAACGUACAUAUUUCAUUCUACAUCUGUUCCUUCAUCAAAACUAGAGAGUACAACUUCAACAACGGGAUGGACAAAAACGGAAUCAACUAUAGAGAUAGCUGUUAGAGAGUCUACCCUAAUACCGACUGGACCAAUAAAGGAAGAGAUAAAUAACAAUAUCGUAGUAAUAUUAAUGGGUGCAGUAAUAGCUUUUCUUUUUCUUAUAAUACUUUUGGCAAUUGUUAAGAAAUUAUGUUCCGCACGUUCAAAGAAAAAAUAUAUAAAAAAGGAAAAUAUAUUAGAAUUAAAUAAGGAAGGUAAUGAAAUAGAAGUAUAUCAUGAAAUAAACAUGGAUGAAAUGUUGGCUAAUCAGAUAGAAUUGCCAGAUAAUCGUUACAACAGAAUAAUGGACGAUGUAGUGCGACCCAAAUAUUUGCAAAUAGGAUCCAAAAUAGAAAAGGAAACAAAACAAACAUAUAAUGAAAUUGACAAGGAAAAUUCAACUUCAACCGGAAAUAAUGGAGAUUAUUUAGAACCGGAGUCAAGUGGGCGAGUGAAUGCAUAUAUAGAAGUUAUAGAACCUUUGAUACAUAACUCUAACUCUUUAAAUAGUGAUCAAGAUGGUGGAAGCUCCUCAAACAAGUCUGACCGGUCUUAUCAGGAUACAGGGACUCUAGCACAGGGUGACAUGUCAUGUCCCAACGAAAUCAAUGAUCCAAAAUCUCACGAAUCGAAGAAUAAUGAAUAUCUAGAUGUUGUUAAUGAGUUAUAGUUAAACAGAAAUGAAAAUAAAUUCAUAUAAAACUCCA